AUGACGUUGAGCUGCACAGCAAAUAAAGUCGAUAUCAUCGGUACAGUAGUCCUCGCUGCCCCCCUCACACCGGAUCCCACUGUGUUCACAAUCGGCUCUACAGGAACCAUCAUAUCUAAAUCCCAAGACUCGAUCAUGUCCUCACCGAAGACUGUUCGUUGGGGCAUCCUCGCCACGGGAGGCAUCGCUCUCACAUUCACAAGGGACCUCCUAGUCGACCCGACGACACGCGGCGUCAAGCAUCUCAAGCACACAGUCGUCGCCGCAGCAUCCUCCACCUCGGAGGCCCGCGCCAAGGACUUUUUGAAAGAGGUGGGCGCGCCUGCAGAAGCAAAGGCCUAUGGCUCGUAUGAGGAGUUUGUCAAGAAUCCAGACAUUGACGUCGUCUACAUUGCCACGCCACACUCGCACCACUACCAGAAUGCCCGGCUCUGCUUGGAGGCGGGGAAAAAUGUGCUGUGCGAGAAGUCCUUCACCGUCAACGCGGCACAGGCUCGCAAACUAGCCGAACUGGCCAGGCAGAAGAAUCUCUUCCUCAUGGAGGCAGUCUGGACACGCUACUUCCCGCUGUCAAUCUAUGUUCGCGAGCAAAUCUCGGCUGGGCGCAUUGGUCCCGUCGCCCGUGUCCUCUCCGACAACAGCAUGGCUCUCGACCCGGAGAUCAACUUCCCCGACGGGAAAAACCGCAUGGUCAACCCCGACCUGGCCGGCGGUGCGCUGCUCGAUCUCGGUAUCUAUUCUUUGACCUGGGUCUACCAGACACUCUACCACACCCAGCCCGAGGGCUCGCGACAGCCACCCAAGAUUCAGGCGUUUGUCAAGCCAUACGAGCCCACUGUUCAGGCGGAUGAGCAGAGCACCGUCAUUCUCCAGUUUCCCAGAUCAAAAGAGGCAGGUGGUGAGGCGCAUGCGGUGGCUAUGACUUCGAUCCGCAUUGCGACGGCACCGGGAGGAGAUAAAAUGGACCAGCCGUUUUGCCGUAUCCAAGGACCCAGGGGCGAGAUCCAGGUCUUUGGUCACUCAUUCCGCCCUCUGGCCGUCAAGAUCAUCUCCAAGGACGGAAGCGUCGAGUCAAAAGACUUUCCUAUUCCUGGUCCUGGAAAGGGGAGUGGUUGGUACAACGGCUUUGGUGGCUCAAUGCAGCCUGAAGGUGAGGGUCAGGGUAUGUUUUGGGAGGCUGAUGAGGCUGCUGAUGCCGUCAUCGGCGGUAGGAAAGAAGGCAGAUUUUUGGGACUCGAUGAGAGCAUUCUUAUCAUGGAGGCUAUGGAUGAAGUGAGGAGACAGGGUGGUUUGGUCUACCCUGAGAAGAUUGAGACGCUAGAAUACCCCGUCCAGUUAUAG